AUGGAUGGCUCCAACACAGUGAUAAGAAAACAGAACAAACAGGAUUCACCGCUGAAUGCACAGAUUGGUCGUAGAAACAGGAUAUCAUUUGUGUGCCAGGCUUGUAGGAGAGGUAAAACAAAGUGUGAUCGAGAAAAACCACAUUGUUCCCGAUGUCUAAAACAUGGAAUAGAUUGCGUAUACGACGUGGAGAGGCAAACACCUCCUAAACACCCCAACAAGGAUGCUGCAAUUGCAAGAUUGAAACGCGAUAUUGAAUAUUGGCAGACUAGAGCUUUAAGUCAUACCUUAACGGGUGAAAUGCAGACUAGAGAACAUACAACAGAAAAUCCAAACGUUGCCAGUUUUCCAAUGACUUCUAAUUCUAGCUCGAUGUCACCAGAUGAUUCCAUUAGACCACUUUAUGCCAAGAACCUGCAUGACGUACAAAUAGAUCUUCGCAAAUUUCUUCCGAACUUGAUCAUAACUCAAAAUACCAGCCGCGACGUUAAACCGUCUUCUGAUAUGGCUCAAGUACGACAAGACAGUUUCUUGGCACUAUUCUUUGCAUCAUUCUUUGCCGCCGCUUCCGAAAAUACAUUAAUUAAUUCAAUUUCCUCCAACAACGGGGUGCCCUACGCCAAGCGGUUAAAUUUAAGAUCAGACCUUAUGAACCUACAAGAACGCAUGCUCAAGAAAUGUACUAACGCUGUUCAGCAAGCCCGCGUCACUAGUUUCUCGGAGAGAAUCAUGCAGGAACUCGGUGGGUCUCGAGACGUCAGAACAGGGAUAUUUCUAAAUCUUUUGAACUCCAAAAUGAGCAGGAACUUAAUUGAGGAUGUUAGUGCGGAUGAAAAUGUCUAUUCAGCUGCGUUGAGUGAGCUAAUCAGCAGAUUGGAAGAGUUAUUACCGCCUUUGCCAGCUUUGACGGCAUACAAGGCGCAUUUCUUUCAUUGCAUUUUCCCUCAUGUUCCUUUCCUGGAUCGUGGUAUGUUUGAAGAGGCCCUGCAUAACGUCAUAAUCAGCGAUCCCGGAAACUCCCAAAAAGUGAAACUAAGAUUAGGGAAGCAAAACUUAAGACAAAAAAUUGAGAACAUAGCCAUUCUUAUGGUGACAAUUGGCAUUUCUUAUAAUUCUAUGAAGUUCGAGCUUGGGUUGUCGUCAACUCUCAAGCCUACCGACUUCGAAACGUUGGCGGACCAAGCUUUGAUCGAUCAACACCCUAUCACCGAUGAGACAAUCUUGGUAUCUCAGCAAUGCAUUGCUGCUCUGGAUUUCUUAAACUCCACUACAGAAAACACAAUAUGCUGUUUGCUGUACCUUUGGACAUUUUAUGCUUUCUCCCCAGAAGAGGGAGAUUUCUACUAUGGUCAGCCAACUGAGUUUGUGUUGGGUAUGACAUCGAUUUUAGCAACGAAUAUUGGUCUUCACAGGGACCCUCUCCAAUUUCGUCAGUUUCAAGAAAAUUCGAAAGUUGACAAGAGAAUCAUCAAUUACAGAAGAAUGCUUUGGCUCGGACUUGGUACAAUCUUGAAUUCCGAGUCGGCCUUGAAGGGUAGGUGCCCACAGUCAAUGAGAGACUCCAUUUGCGUUUAUUCUCCUUCAACUAAUGAAUCAGCUCAAGCAUAUAUGAGACGAAUGAUGGAGGAUGCGGUCGGCGAAGAUGAAAUUCAGAAAAAACUAUAUGCGGGCACUUUUCAAAAGCGUGAAACUUACGCCCUGUUAUCAUGCUUUGAAAAGCUAUGGUCGUCUCCAGAGGCAGUGGUAUCACUGUAUUCUUUGAAGGAGCUAAUGUUGAAAGUUGAAGACCAUGUUGAUAAACAUUUCCCGAUUGCUGCAAUUGAAAGUAACAGCAACUCUGGUUUUGAAUGCCAGCGGCCUAACAACGAGAUCGAAAAACAAGCGCUAUUCGCUAAAGCUACGGGAAGGGCAUCAAACUUCCAAGCAUAUAUCAUUGCACAGCUUAUCUUACUCAGAACCUCUUUUUCGGUGUUUCUGUACUUUGAAAUGAAGUGUAAAGAUACCUAUAACGAAUUUUACCCAUACUACGAGUCUUUUUUUAUUGACGUUGUGCAAAGGUUUUUGAAGCUGACAAAGGUAUAUUGCCAAUAUUAUAACGGAGAAUUCGCAAGCAAUUUUAGUCCCUCAACCGCUUUUAUUAUAGACAAAGCAAUGCAGAUGAGUAUGGGCACAAUAUUUUACACAGCGGUUGCUAUUGUCUUACGGCUAACGCAUGCCAUAGAUACUCUCCAGAAUAAUAUCGGUAACGAAAGGUACUUUCAUAGCAGAGGAGCAGAUGAUCAACUGAGCGAACUGAGCAGAAAGUUGGAGCUUCUGAACUCACUCAAUAAUGACUUUGAAAGAAUUUUGGAUAGACUUUGUCAUCUAUCUACAAACCACCUGCGACUAACAUUCUUUUCUGCUUUUAAAAUGCUGUUAUUUUUUGACCACAUCUUGCAGCUCGUGAAGAAAAAAGAGUUAUUAAAGACGAUGCGUCAGCUAUCUCAUCUGGACUUGACUGAGAAGACAAAAAAUAACUUGUUUCUCGGGUUUGGGUUUGACGUCAACAGAACUAAUGAGAUGUUUCAUGAUUUAAAGAACACAGUCUCUUUAUCAAUGUUUAAUUCAGAAAGGCUGCAAGAAAUUCAGCAGGUCAUCGAUCACAUGGGAAUACUAGAAGCGCGCGUUAAAGGUCCCAACCAUAAGAAGUCGAAUACCUCUGUACCAAACGGUUUGCUCGAUCCCAACAAUAGAGCACAGGGACCCAAUCACGUUCAUAUUUCAUCAGGCUCAGAAUUACGCGAGCAAGGAGGUUAUACCGAUGGCAUGAAUUUGCCUUUCAAUUCAGAGCUUGAUUUCAAUCACAUCGAAUUAUUUGAUUUUGAUUUCGAUUUCCUCCUUGGAGGCAUGUAA